UCUGUCGAAGCAGCCACAUGGCCAGGUGAGGUUAGGAUUGACGGCACUGACGGCAGUGCUGCUGUCACUGCCUCGCGGAAAUGGCGCGCCUAGGUUAGGGUUUAUAGAUCGACGUUGUCGAAAAUCGACGAGCCGACCAGCCGACACAUGCCACGCGUGCCACGACUUUGAUACGACGCGCGGCGCGGAUGGGGAACGGCAGCAAGGAGACCAUGUCGUAUCUACGUGACUGGCGGCAGGCGUUGCGCGCACCGCACGUCUACCGGGUGGCGAACAGCACGUUUCGCAUCCAGGGCCAGUUCGUGGCGCUGAUCCUUCUGGUUCUGAGCGUACCGAUCCUCUUCCUCGCGUAUCCGUUGCUGCACGGCGUCGUGUGCUCGUCGCCGACCCAGCUCCAGGCCCAGACCCAGGCCCAGUGUCGCUACUACAAGUACAACCGUACGUACCCUAGCUCGGCGCCCAUCAGAACCUCCAAGGGUAUUACCUACCGAAUAGCGAUAGUGAGCGACCUCGAUCACGAUUCCAAGCUCGCGGACAAGAGGGACACGUGGCACAGUCUCAUGAAAACCGGCAGCCUCUACUGGAACCCUAUCAACAAUUUUCUGUCCAUCAUCUGGGACGACAGAACUGUGGUAUUGUCCUCGUCGUUGUCCAUGAAGGGACGUGGAAUGGAGCUGUCGGAAUUAGUGACUUUCGACGGUCGCCUGCUGUCCUUCGACGAUCGUACAGGGAUGAUUUAUUUCAUUGAGGGCGACCAAGUUUAUCCAUGGGUUAUUUUAAUGGACGGCAAUGGCAAAAGUCACAAGGGAUUUAAAUCCGAGUGGGCGACUAUCAAAGACGAACAAUUGUACAUUGGCAGCAUGGGAAAGGAAUGGACUACCCCUUCUGGCGAAUUUGAACAUAAUAAUCCGUUAUGGGUUAAAGUAGUGUCACCACGUGGCGAGACACAUUCCAUCAAUUGGAUCUCUUACUACAAACGAUUAAGGCAAGCGAUUAACAUCGAGUAUCCAGGUUACAUGAUACAUGAAUCUGGAGCUUGGAGCGAUAUACACAGGAGCUGGUUUUUCUUGCCUAGACGAUGUUCCCAUGAACGUUACAAUGAAACGUGGGAUGAAACGAUGAGCUGCAAUGUCAUGCUGACUGCGGACGAAAAUUUCGUUGAGAUUAAAGUUGCUCAUAUCGGAGAGCUAAUUCCAAUCAGGGGUUUUUCCAGUUUCAAAUUCCUCCCUGGUUCACAAGAUUCUAUCAUAAUAGCGUUAAAGACUGAGGAAUAUCAAGGGCGGACCGCUACGUAUAUUAUGGCCUUUACGAUAGAAGGAACGAUAAUAAUGCCCGAAAAUAAAAUAAUGGACAAAAAAUUCGAAGGACUAGAAUUUAUAUGACACUUAAGGGUAGUCGUUAAUUAUUUAAUAAAAAAAUUGUAAAUGAAUGUACAGAAUGCGUAGUUUUAAGUUUCUACAACGAGAUAAAAUUACUGGAAAUGCCUGUAAAUAUAUUUCGAACCACAAUUGUAAAUACACAUACAUACGCGCGAAUCUGUAUUCAAAACUGGUACCACACUUUUAUUGAUUCGCACAUAAAUUUGCAAUUGUUUUAAAAAAUACGUGAAUAUACGAGAUUCGUUAGCUAUA